AUGGCUGAAAGCGACCAUUUGACUACAGUAGCGAGUACUAGUUCCGAACUACUCCCGCCGUUAAACAUUGGUGCACAGGUUGAGGAAGGGACUCAUUACACGGCACAAGAUCUCAGGUUCGACCCCUACCGCAUGCGUGGCCAGUCCCAGAUGCGCUAUGACGCCCUCUCAUCCUAUGGCGGACCAGUCAUGGCGGACGAAAGUGGACCUUCUGUUCGCAGAGCGCUCAGUGAAACUGGGUCCGGUACUCAGUACGUGCCGAGUGCAUCGCCGAAUACCUCGACUGCCUUGAGCAGCUGGCCAGGUGGCUCGGUGCAGGCUCAUCCUGCUCCAGGAGCAGAUUUAUCUGCUCUUCAUGUGGAUCUCGGUGCCCCUGCUCCGCAUCAGUCGAGCUUGGAUACACCCCAUGACGAGGUGGAUACUUCAGACGCAUAUUGGGAAGAUUAUAUGCACUACACACACUAUUAUCCCUCAACAGCUGUAGGAACAGAUACUGAUCCAAGCGUAGGAGGAGGAUCCCCUGAGGAGCAGCGCUGGCGAGAUGGCUCUUACGAUCCGUUCUCUGCGAUGAUUCAGCAGUCUUCACCAGUUGCUGGACCAUCCGAUCCCUUAUCCCAUCCGACGAUGUACCCCCAGCUUCUGCCUACGUUGUGGCCAUCGAACUAUGCGGCGCCUGUUAUGUACGCUGGAGCAGCUGCUGCUAUGACAGACUCGCAAUACUUGAACGCAUCUUCACCUGUCGAGACUCAUUCGCAGAUGUCACAAUGGUCCUCAUCCACGUCCAACCCGCCUGACGAUUUCAGUCAGAAUGCACACUCACGUUCAAGAUCAUUGUCUCUUCCUUUUAAUUCAACUCUCACUAUGUAUGGAAACGUCAAUCAGAUGAACAGAACUCCGUUUAACCCCUUCGAACCACCGCUCCAGGAAUAUACUACCGAGAACGGCAUGGCUUUUAUUCCAGCUUCAUCCAUCAACAAUGCAGGAGGCACCGAGGGCACUACCGAGGCCUCUGGAUCUUCGCUGAGUGUCUUCCGGUGGCCUAAUGGUGCAGAAGGCAGGAACGAUCGAUUAUGA